CCCACAGGAAUCGGCACCAGAACCAGUCCCACAGGAAUCCGCACCAGAACCAUCAAGUUAAGGUUUUCUAACACAAAUCAAUUAAACCAUAACCUGCAAGAUAUAAUCGAUAAUCAA